ACCAAAUUAUUUUCCAAUAGAAAUUAACAUGCAUAAGUACUUAAAAAGCACCACCACUUUUCUUGAGAUUAUUUAUCUGGCAGAUGUUCCUUUUCCUGAAAAACAACUUUCUAUAGAAACAAAGCACAUCUAUUGAUGUUCUGCAUAAUUUAUUGAUUUCUCUGAGAGGCAGCUAAAUAGCUCCUGAAAUUCCACAGCAUGCUGUGAUGAUUGCUGACUAAGCGUAGACAAAAUGGCAGAGUAUGGCUGGGGUUUGAGCAGUGAGUUAAAGAACAAAGCUUCUGUAGAACUGAAUGAGAACCCCGAAUACACGGCAGAAGCCAUUGAUGUUGUUCGUGAACAGAUUGAUACAAGGCCUGAUAUUAGUUUUCUAAGAACAGAUGAUGCAUUUGUAUUACGAUUUCUUCGUGCUAGAAAAUUCGACACGUUCGAAGCCUUCAAAUUAUUUGGUCGCUAUUUUGAAUACAGACAAAACUAUCCAAACAUAUUCAAAGACUUCAACACUUCUGAACAAGGCGUUAAAGAAGCUCUCUUUGACGGUAUCCCAGCUGUACUAGAGAACUCUGACCAUUUUGGUCGUAGAAUUAUAGUGUUAUACUCUGCUAACUGGGACAAUACCCGCUAUGGUCUUGCCGCCAUAUAUCGGGCUAUAUUAUUAACUUUAGAAAAACUUAUUGAUGAAGAGGAAUCCCAGAUUAAUGGAUUUGUGAUUAUUGUGGACUGGAGUCAAUUUACAUUUAGACAAUCAACCUGGCUUAAUCCAAAUGUCCUCAGACAAAUGAUAGAGGGGUUACAGGAUUGUUUUCCAGCAAGAUUUGCAGCUGUUCAUUUUGUCAAUCAGCCAUGGUAUAUAGAGGCAAUGUUUAAAAUGUUGAAACCAUUCUUGAAGGAGAAAAACAAAAAUAAGAUUCAUUUUCAUGGAAUAAACCUUGGUACAUUACAUAAUGAGAUCCAUAAAGAGGCACUACCGGCAGAGCUUGGAGGCACUCAACCUCCGUACAAUAAUCAGUAUUGGGCAAAACAGCUGAUUGGGGACGAGAACUUCAGCUUUAGUGAUAAACAUAUCUACUGGCCAAACCAGACACAAAUAAGGGCACGAUCAAAAUCAUUUCCAUCAAGUUUUUACAACACGUCUUCCAAACCUACAGAAGAUGUGGAGACUGAAGUUUAUUCGGACGACGAGAAAGCUCACGGGACGUACCUUGAUGAAGAAUUCUUCCUCAUAGAUUGAAUGAGAUAAAAAAAACUUUUAGUUACAUAUAACCUUGUUACUAUAAAUAGCAAUACAUUACAGGUUAUUUCAGUUACAUGCUGAAAAGUGUCACGUAAACGUUUAUAAUGUAAUUUUGUUGUGGCUCGGGCUGAGAACAUGUAAUCACUGCCGAGUGCCGGCCAUGAUUGGAUAAAAUUGUUCCUGUUAUUCUUGAGACAUUGUACCUUAAGCAGGCAAAUUUUUACAUUCUGGCCAAACCCCACAGUGCAUUUAUCUCUAAAACAAAUGCUUUUCAGAGAUAUAAGUUCAACAGUGUAUGAUAUAAACUUAAAAUACCUAACAAAUUUCUAUAAAGCUAAGAUAGGUUGACAUCUGGCCUCACCAAAUGAAAAAGUGGUAGAGGAGAAAUACAGUACCAUGUAAUCAUCACUUUUAAUGAAUUUUUAUUUACAUGUUGGAAUACAUGAAAAUACGCUAAAACAUUUUACUGCUAUACACACAUGUUUUAUUUAUAUUUUAAACAGAAAAAAAAAGAGCAUUGUUUUUAGAAAUGAAUCAAAUUUGUGUUAUUUUGUUGUUAUAAAAAUGAUAUGUAUAUAUUUUAAUGCUUACCAAGUUAUUGCUAUUGUAGCUAAAUAGCGUAAUUAUUAUACUUGCAUCAGGUUGUAACAAUUGUUGUUACAUAUUUUUUCAUCAGCUAUUGUCCAAUAACCUGUUGAAUUUCUUUAUUUAAAUAGUCUUGUUCAGCUCCCAUUUUGGAAGUUUCCACUUUCAAAUUUUAGGGAUUAUCAGUAUAAAAUUUAAAGUUGACCAGUCUACAAAAUAAACUAUAGCCAGGUUAGGCUGCAGUGACUCGGGCAGACUAGUCUGAUAUAAUAGUGAAUCUGGUUCCAGCAGAUUAAGGGUUAAAAACAUCCAAACAUUCAAAACUCCAUGCAUGUAUAUUAAGGGCCAUAUCUUUAUGUUAGUAAACAAGAUCCAUAACUCUAGCAUAAAUUUGUACAGAAUUAUUUCCCUUUGUAAUUUCAAAAAAAAUUGUGGUUAAACAUUAAAAUUUUGUAACCAUUUCUCAUCAACCAAUGAAGGUAUUAACAUAUAGAAACUUCACAAAAGUUCUGUGGUCAUCAUCAUAGGUCAUUAAUAAGGGUCUAUGACUGAAGCAUAGAUUCCAAUCCUCUGGAUUUUUUUUUUUUUGCUGUCAAACAAUGAAAAAAGGUCCAAUGUGCACUCCCUGUAACAGAUCUUGUUAUGGUUUUGGCCUUUAUUGCCUAAACAUUUAUUCAAAUAUAACUGAACAGAAACCAUAUAUUCUGUAAUUUUAUUUUACACAGACAGAUAUUAGGAUAUGUAUUGAUGUAUUGUAACAUAAUUAAUUGUGCCAACAUUGUAUUGAAGCUGCUGUUAUGUUGUUUAGCAUGUGCCAUGUUUUUCCUGCUUUUUGUUUUUGUUUUAAUUUGUUUUUUUGGGGGUAUUCCUUGUUUUCUUAUCCUUUUCUCAAUAGUAUACAGUAUAGACUGGUGAAACAUAAUGGCAAUAUACCGGUAUAUGACAACGCAGCAUCAAGCAAUAUUAUCUCAUAUGGAACAGGUACAGAACAGAUGUACCAUUAUAUUCCCUGCAAUACUGACUUGAAGUUUUUUAUAUUACUGAUGCAUUUGUAUUUGAAACUGCAUACAAAAACUUUUCUUUGAAUUCAUGAGGCCAAUAGAACUUAGCCAUUGUAACACAUGUUUAUUUCUUUUAAAGGUAAAUAGUUAAUUUAAGUAUCAUUGUUUAUAUUUGCAUUCUUAUACAUGUAGUUUAACAUAAAUAACCAGGUUGGGUGGUUGAUUUGAUAAAUAUCGUUACAAAGGUCAAAAGGGUAGUUUGGUAUACCUUUCAUUUAGAAAAGGAAAUCAAAUUUAAAUAAGCAAUUAGUUAAAUGCUGAAAAAUAAGUCACCAUACUGUUGAGAGAUUUUGCCAAUGAUGGUGUCAGUCUACCUUAUGUCACAUUACCUGAUCAAAAUGCUGGCUUUAAUGUUUUAUUUGUUUGAUUAUUUGACAAAUACUAGGUUAAGCAUUCUUAACAUGAUUUCAUUAUAUGAAUAAAAACAGCUAUUUAUAAUUUGUUGAGCUUUUCAUGAUUUCUAAAAUAAAAAAAUAGUAGUUUUA